CUUAUUAUUUUCAUAUCUCACUCUUAUCUUAUCUAAAGAACUCUGCAGCGCGAUUAGGGUUUCGAAUUAGCCGGCGCGGAGAGCUACUUCAAUCAAAAAAAUGACGACAGUGGUGCCAACUUCAGAGGAAGAUCCGGCUCUCUUCGUCGUCCGCUUCACAUCGGAGGUUUCCUGGGCCGAUGCUGGUCCCGAGGUUGUGGAAUCACAAGUGAAAAGACUAUGCAUUGAGGCACAAGAAUGCAUAGUGAUGGGCAGAUGGUUGGAUUUGGCAUCACUUAUGCUCACUUCCGCUGACUUGAUAUUUUCUAAAGUUUCUGAUAAAGAUCUUGAGUGCAUCUUCACUGUUAUUUGCAAUCUUGUCACAAAGCCUGAAAGUUUGGAUGAAUCAUUAGAGAUGGCAAAGCUUAUAUCCACAAAAAUCACCCAACAACCAAAUGAAAAGCCUGCCCUGCGCUUGAAGAUCAUGUUCAAUCUGUACAACCUACUGGAGAAUCCAUACAGCCGAUUCUUUGUUUACAUGAAGGCCCUUGAUUUGGCAGUCAAUGGAAAGGUCUCUGAACAUAUUAUAUCUUCUUUUAAAAAGAUGGAUGAUUUCUUGAGAGAAUGGAAUAUUGGGAUCCAGGAUCAGAGGAAACUCUUUCUCACUAUCUCUAAUAUUUUGAAAGAUAGUAAAAGCUCGGCAAAGGAUUCUUUCAAAUUCCUGACUAAAUAUCUGGCAACUUUUUCUGGUGAAGAUGCACUUACUAUGGGUGAAGCUAAGGAGGAAGCUGCCCGCACUAUUAUAGAAUUUGUGAAGGCACCUGAUAUGUUUCAGUGCGAUUUGGUCGAUAUGCCUGCUGUAGCACAAUUGGAGAAAGAUGCUAAAUAUGCAUUGGUAUAUCAGCUUCUGUUGAUCUUUUUGACACAGAGGCUGGACGCAUACUUAGAUUUUCAAGCAGCAAAUUCCACUUUGCUGAAAAGCUAUGGUCUUGUCCAUGAAGACUGUAUAACAAAGAUGAGGUUGAUGUCAUUGGUGGAUCUUGCCUCUUCAGAAUCUGGCCAAAUUUCUUAUGAAUUAAUCAAGGACACUCUUCGAAUCAAUGAUGAUGAGGUGGAAAUGUGGGUAGUCAAGGCAAUCACUGCAAAGUUAAUUGAUUGUAAGAUGGAUCAGAUGAAUCAAACUGUAAUUGUAAGCCGCUGCACUGAGCGCAUGUUUGGGGAGCAUCAAUGGCAAACCCUUCGAACAAAGUUAGCAACAUGGAGGGGUAAUAUUGCGAAUGUCAUCAGCACGAUCCAGGCCAACAAGAUAACAGAGGAUGGCACACAAGCAAUGCAAGGCUUGACGAUACGUUAAGAUUUCUCAGCGGCAAUGUAUCCUUGUUGUUCAGUGAUCGGUCAACCUUGGGGACAGGCCCAAACUACACUAGUUUCAUUUGUUCUUGUGUUUAGUUGGAAUUGAGUUGAAACGAAUCUUGGAAAUUUUGGCCUGAAAUAAUUGAGUUCCAGGUGUUUUGUUAAUGGUUUAAUGUGCUACAUUUUUGAAUUGGCUACCUUUGACGGUGAUAUGAAAGUUGUGAAUCUUGAUUUAGCUAUUUA